GAAGGACGAUCAAAGUGUCAUGGUGGUGCAGAGCAUGUGCGCCUGUGCAGUCCCUCCCAUGUGAAGUGCAGCAGAGACACGGAAGCAGAAUGUAAGCCUGUGGAUAUUGUGCGUGUGAAGGAGAAAGCACACACACACACUGAUGCAGCUGAUGUAACAGAACUGUGAUCACAAUGCAGUGACGGUUUUUUUUUAAAAAAGAAAAGAGGGAAGAGAGCUCUUCCUGACUAUGUUCUGAACAAGCACUUUUUAUUUUUAGUUUGCAAGGGUGUCCAUGGCGACAGGGAGUCGCAUUGUUUACACCCACAUCCUGAUGAUCGCCCUUUGGCACCCGAGCAUCCUGACUGGAGAGAGACCCUCCAUACCGGAGGAGCACGAGGAGGGGACGGCGGGGUUAAACAGAGGAUGAAGAAGAGGAGGUUUAAACUCUACAUCCCUGCAGUCAUCACUGGAAACAAACGUGGCUACACGAGCAAAGACUAACGUCACCAUGCCCGGCUUCCAGGCGGUUCGAGCUGAUAGGGACACCACUGCGACCGGCAAGAAGAAAGGAGGGGGACUGGCCGUGCUCAUAAACAACAGGUGGUGUAACCCCGGGCACGUCUGUGUGAAAGAGCCUCUGCAGCCCGGACAUCGAGUUUGUCGCCACGGGCAUUUUCCAGUUUUAUCGCCAUCAGUGUCUAUAUUCAUCAAAGUAAUCUUCAUCAUCAUCAUCACUGUCUAUAUUCCUCCGUCUGGGAAAGCAGAAGCAGCGUGUGACGUCAUCCACACUGUGACUGCAGGACUACAAACGAAACAUCCGGAGGCCUUCAUCAUCAUCAUAGGGGACUUCAACCACGUUUCUCUCUCGUCCACACUCCCAACCUUCCACCAGUUUGUCACAUGCACCACCAGAGACAAUAAGACCUUGGACCUGCUAUUGUGCACAUCUACAUUUCCUGAUUUAUCUCAUUCCAUCAUCAUCACUCCAUCAUGUCGAUGCUGACUCACGUGCUGGCGUGCCUGUUUGGUAUGGGCUCCUGGGUGGCCAUCAACGGGAUGUGGGUAGAGCUGCCCCUGGUCGUACCGGAAAUCCCAGAGGGCUGGUUACUGCCGUCCUACCUCACAGUCCUCAUCCAGAUGGCCAACAUAGGUCCUCUCUUCAUCACUCUGAUGCAUCGCUUCCGCCCAGGGGUCCUAGAUGAGCGGCCGGUCAUCUACUGCAUUGUAGGGUUGGGGAUCAUUGCUACAUUCCUGCUGGCUUUCUUCUGGAAGCACACAGUGACAAUAGCGGGCUCUUUGCGUAGCGUGCCCCUGCUGGUGUUAAGCUUUCUGCUCUCUGUGGUGGACUGCACCUCCUCUGUUACCUUUCUGCCUUUCAUGAUGCGGCUGCGGCCACAGUACCUCACCACGUACUUUGCCGGUGAAGGCCUCAGUGGUCUGGUGCCUGCACUGGUGGCUCUGAUUCAAGGUGUUGGUGUAGUCCACUGUCAGAAUGCCACUUUGGCUAACGCCACUACGGUAGGCAGCGGAGAGCUAACAGCCAUCUACCAGCCAGCUAAAUUCUCCGCCCAGGUCUUCUUUGUGUUCCUCAGUGCUAUGAUGGUUGUGUGCAUGGUGGCCUUCAUCCUCCUCAACCAUCACCCAGCUGUGGCUCGGGAGCGAAAUAACGACCGGUACUUCAGUGGCGAUCUGGCCCCUGAGAAGAGAGAACAAGGUCUGUCUCUGCAUGCCCAGACGCCAGAGCAGAAGCCAAUGAUCAGCCCUCUGGAAGCUGUCAGGAGGGAACCCAGGAGCUCUUUUGGGAUGGGCACGUAUAACAACCUUGAGGUGUUGUUCAUCUUUGUCGUACUGGCUUGGGUCAAUGCUCUGACCAAUGCAGUGCUGCCCUCAGUCCAGUCCUACUCCUGUUUGCCUUAUGGAAACCAGGCCUACCAUCUAGCUGCCACCAUGGCGGCUGUAGCUAACCCAGUGGCCUGCUUCAUUGCCAUGUUUAUGCCCAUCAGGUCUCUCAUCUUCAUGGGUUUCUUGACCAUGGUUGGGACUGGAUUUGGAGCCUACAUCAUGGCCAUGGCUGCUCUCAGUCCCUGCCCCCUGCUGGUCCACAGUGCCUCUGGAACUGCAGUCAUAGUGCUGACCUGGAUCCUGUUUGUCCUGUCGCUGUCCUAUGUGAAGGUCAUCAUUGGGGUGAUUCUGAGGGAUGAGGGUCACAGUGCUCUCGUGUGGUGUGGAGCAGUAGUGCAGUUGGGCUCCAUGGUUGGGGCUUUAUCCAUGUUCCCAUUGGUCAGUGUCUAUGGACUUUUUAAGUCAGGUGAUGCUUGCAACACCAAGUGUCCGAUGUAGUCAGUGAGGUGUAAUCUGCGCUUGUUUUUAUUAGCACUGAACUUACUGCAGUCAUGAGCUUUACAUAGGCCUGUUCCUAUUUGUUUCAACAGAGCUGAGAGGUCACAUGUGUUUAUCUACAACAGUAGCACUUCCUGGUGUUGUAACAGAUUUGCUUCUAUCAGAGUCAGACAGUAGAUUUAUGUUUUAUAUUGCAUAUUUAUUGACUGAUAGAGUGAACUCUACACAAAGAAAAGAAAAGACACCUGUAUUAUCAAUGUGCCAGACCACACAAGACCAUUUUGUUGCUGGGCAUAUUAUACUUCCUUCUCAAUUCAGAGGUCAAAGCCAGUUUACUUGAACUCUUAACAUUAUGUAAAAAUAUAAUUGAUUGUUGCUUUUAUAAGAACUGAUGGUACUUUUGGCUUUAAAGUCUGCCUUAAAUUAGAGACACUGACAGAUGUAGUUUUUUUUUGGUGUACAUUGUUAAUUAUUAUACCUUCCUUUGUAUGUGUUACCUGAUGGAGAAACUGUUCAACAAUACCAAAUAAAACACUUGUUUUAUUGCUACUGAA